GGUUGGGAGAGGCCAAAUGGUGGCACUGGAAUUCCAGCCCUGGAUUUGGGAUGUCUGGGAUCCCCCCUGGCUCCAGAGACAUUCCCAGCCUGUCCUCGCUGAGCUGGGAGAACAAAUCCCUGUCCCCUCCUUUUCCCGUGCAAUUCCCCCGGGAAUGUUCCCCCCAGUCUGGGAUUGGCGUCUGUUAAUUGGUUCCAUUGUUAAUUAAGGGAAACUCGGGAAUGGGGAGCUCUGGAGAAGAUCCCUGCCCGGACAGCCCUGAGGGAUGAGGGGCUGGGAAUUCCCUGUGCUCUGGGUCCCUUUUCUUGAGGAAUGUUCCCGGGAUUUUCCCCUCAGGAAGGACUCGUCGGAGCUGUCCGAGUCAGCCAAGGGCUCCUCCCACGUGGAGGGGAAUUCCCUGGAAUCUGCCAGCAGGGAAGCCUAUUUCAGCAGGGUGGAGACCUUCACCCCCCUGCAGUGGGCGGGGCAGCCGCUGUCCCUGUCCCCUCUGCUCUGUGCGCGUUUCGGCUGGGCCAGCGUGGGCCCCGCCCUGCUGCGAUGCUGCGCCUGCCACGCCCUGCUCGGCACCGCCACCCGCGGGGACACACAGCACCGGGAGCGCUGUGCGGAGCUGAGGAGAGCCCUGAGCUCGGCCCACGAGCGCUUCUGCUUCUGGCCCGACAGCCCCUGCCCAGCACACUUUGCUCUGUUGCCGCUGGACGAGCCGCGCCUGCUCCUGCGGGAAUUCCGGGAGCGCUUCCAGAGGCUGUGCCGGCUGGAGCUGCAGCUGCCACGCCUGGCCCCGGAGCAGCUGGGCAGCCUGGCGCUGUCGGAGGACACGCUCGGGCUCCUCCUGGAGCUGCUGGAGGAGGAUCCGGAGCCCCCCCGGGAAGGGGAGAAACCCCCCGGGACGUUUUCCAAGGAAAGCCCGCAGGGCCACGUGGUUGCCGCCUGUGUCCUGGCGCUGUGCGGCUGGGAUUGCAGUGCCAGCAGCUCCCCGGGCCUGCCGGUGAUCUCCUGCUCGCGCUGCAUGAGGAAGGUGGGGCUCUGGGCCUUCCACCAGCUGGAAUCUGCGGCUCCGGAGCCGGAUCCCACCCCGGCGCCCUCGGAGCGCGUCCCGCCUGCUGCCACCUCCCCCGUGUCCCCGUCCCCCGUGUCCCUGUCCCCCAUGUCCCCGUCCCCCAUGUCCCCCCGCAGGAUCGGCACCCGCAGCCAGGACACCCUCCCGCCCACGGCAGAGCAGCAGGAGAAGAGCCCGUCCCCGUCCGUAUCCCGGCCCGUAUCCCGGGACUGUGGCGGCUCCCUGGAGCGGGGGGAGCUGGAGGCGGCGGUUCCCGCUCUGCGGAGCCGGCCGGUGACGCGGAGCAUGGGCCAGGGGGACACGGCGGAGGUGCCGUCCAGCCCGGUGCGCAGGGCCAAGCGGGCGCGGCUCUGCUCCUCCGGAGGCUCGGACGCUUCCCCCAGGAGCUUCUUCCAGCCCAGCUCCCAGCACCGGGCCUGGUGCCCCUGGGUGAGCAGCGGGGAAGGACAGGAGUCCCUGGACGACGACGCAUCCCAGCCGGAGAAGCCCGGGAAGGCAGAGCCGGGCUGGAAAAUGGUGCUGAACGCCCUCCUGGGCACCCGCAGGGGCGACGCCGUGCCCGACACGGAGCCGGUGAGCCUCUCGGAGAAGUCCUGCAAGGUGUUCCGCAUCUUCCGGCAGUGGGAGAGCAUGAACUCCUCCUGAGCUGCUCCUGGAUUCCUCCCGGAUUCCUCUGCCUCUGGAGCCCAGCGCACCCCGGGGCAGACACAUCCCCUUCCCAUCUCCCUGCAGGCACAUCCCCUUCCCAUCUCCCUGCAUUCACAUCCCCUUCCCAUCUCCCUGCAUUCACAUCCCCUUCCCAUCUCCCUGCAUUCACAUCCCCUUCCCAGCUCCCUGCAGGCACAUCCCCUUCCCAUCUCCCUGCAUUCACAUCCCCUUCCC